AUGUCUCUCACCAGCAAGCUUUCCAUCACCGAUGUGGAUCUCAAGGACAAGCGCGUCCUGAUCCGAGUUGACUUCAACGUCCCCCUCGACAAGAAGGACAACACCACCAUCACCAACCCCCAGCGUAUCGUCGGUGCUCUCCCCACCAUCAAGUAUGCCAUCGAGAACGGCGCCAAGGCCGUGAUCCUCAUGUCUCACCUCGGCCGUCCGGAUGGCAAGAAGAACCCCAAGUACAGCCUGAAGCCUGUUGUGCCUAAGCUCAAGGAACUGCUCGGCGGCCGCGACGUCAUCUUCACCGAUGACUGCGUUGGCAAGGAAGUUGAGGAGACCGUCAACAAGGCCUCCGGUGGUCAGGUCAUCCUGCUUGAGAACCUGCGCUUCCACGCCGAGGAGGAAGGAAGCUCCAAGGACGAGGCUGGCAACAAGGUCAAGGCCGACAAGGAGGCGGUUGCGGAGUUCCGUAAGGGACUGACUGCUCUGGGUGACAUCUACAUCAACGAUGCCUUCGGUACUGCUCACCGUGGGCACAGCUCCAUGGUCGGUGUCGACCUCCCUCAAAAGGCCUCCGGCUUCCUCGUCAAGAAGGAGCUUGAAUACUUCGCCAAGGCUCUCGAGGAGCCCCAGCGCCCCUUCCUCGCCAUUCUUGGUGGCUCCAAGGUCUCCGACAAGAUUCAGCUGAUCGAUAACCUCCUUCCCAAGGUCAACAGCCUCAUCAUCACCGGCGGCAUGGCCUUCACCUUCAAGAAGACCCUCGAGAACGUCAAGAUCGGAAACUCCCUCUUCGACGAAGCCGGAAGCAAGAUCGUCGGCGACAUCAUCGAGAAGGCCAAGAAGCACAACGUCAAGGUUGUUCUCCCCGUUGACUAUGUCACCGCCGACAAGUUCGCCGCCGAUGCGAAUACCGGCUACGCUACCGACGAGCAGGGCAUCCCCGACGGCUACAUGGGUCUGGAUGUUGGCGAUAAGAGUGUAGAGCUCUACAAGCAGACCAUUGCCGAGGCCAAGACCAUCCUCUGGAACGGUCCCCCUGGUGUCUUUGAGCUGGAGCCCUUCUCCAAGGCUACCAAGGCUACUCUUGACGCUGCUGUCUCUGCUGUUAAGAGCGGUGCCACCGUUAUCAUUGGCGGUGGAGACACUGCUACCGUUGCUGCUAAGUACGGUGCUGAGGACCAGAUCAGCCACGUCUCCACUGGUGGUGGUGCCUCGCUCGAGCUGCUUGAGGGCAAGGAGCUGCCUGGUGUCGCUGCUCUGUCUGAGAAAAGUAAGUAA